CCCCCGAACAAACGUGCCGGCUGGCUUUCACCUGCAAGAUAAAUCACUUACGAGGUGAGCUGUGAGCAAGCAUAACAAUCUAUGUCUGAUCCGAUGGACGACGCCAAGCCGCGGAACCUUGGCGGCUCGCUGCCCGUGCCCAACGUGCAGGCCCUCGCCGCCCGGACCGACGAGCUCGCGCUCACGCCCACCCUCCUCCGCCGCUACGUGCGGCCUCAGCCCAACACGGUCGACCUGCGCCCCGACGCCCCCGCCGGCGCGGAGCAGGAGCAUGUCCCCGUCAUCGACCUGGGCCGGCUCCUCGCAGGCGGACGGGAUGAGGAGGCCGCCAGGCUGCGCUCGGCGUGCGAGGACUGGGGCUUCUUCCAGGUGGUGAACCACGGGAUACCUGAGGAGAUCCUGGAGGAGAUGAAGAGGAACGUCAUGGAAUUCUUCGCGCUCCCGCUGGCGGAGAAGGCGGCCCUCGCGCAGGAGCCCGGGGGAGUCGAGGGGUACGGCCAGGCGUUCGUCGUCUCGGAGGAGCAGACGCUCGACUGGGCGGACAUGUUAUUCCUCCUCACGCAGCCGCCCAGCUACCGCGAUCUCCACCUCUGGCCGUCCCGCCCUUCCACCUUCAAGAAUUGUUUGGAGAGCUACUCUGUUGAGGUGCAAAGAGUGGCAGGCGAGCUGCUGGGAGCCAUGGCGGAGAACUUGGGCGUGAGAGACCAUUCGGACUUGACAAGGCUCGCGGCGUCACAGUCAGUGAGGAUGAACUACUACCCGCCUUGCCCGGAGGCACACGUGGACAGGAUGCUGGGCCUGUCGCCGCACUCGGACGCCGUCGGGCUGACGCUGCUGCUGCAGGUCAGUCCGGUCCCCGGGCUGCAGAUCAGGAGGAACGGUGGCUGGCUCCCGGUCACGCCUCUCCCCGGCGCCCUCAUCGUCAACGUCGGCGACGUGAUUGAGGUGUUGACCAACGGGAAGUACAAGAGCGUCGAGCACAGGGCGGUGGUUAACACACGCGAGGAGCGGAUGUCCAUGGCGACGUUCCACAACGGGAAUUUCGGCACCACGUAUGGGCCACUGAAGGAGGUCGUCGGAGAAGAGGAGCCGCGGUACAGGAAUGUCAGCGUCGAAGAGUACACCAAGCUCGUGUUCUCCAGCAAGCUCGACGGCAAGAACAUCAUGGAUGCCAUGAAGAUCAACUGAUAGCAAUACAUGGUCAUCAUUGUGGUGUCAAGUCUCUGUUAAUGAUGGUUGAGUUGAGGCCCGAUUGACAGUAAAGCCUUGCGAAAAAUGCAGUGACAAGGCUCAAUUCUGUCGGUGUCUUCAUCAAUAAGCACUAUGCAGGCACUAUUUAUUA